AUGGAAUGGGACGAGGAUGACGAUAAUACGAAUGGAAGUCUUUAUUAUCAUCUAAAUGAAACAUUAAGAAAGCCGGAUCGAAGUAAACUACGACCAUGGUACCGCUACUUGAAAUUGUUUCUAACGGCUUUGGCCAAACUACCACUUGAGUCAAAUCAAAUUGUCUGGCGGGGCAUACACAACGAUCAGAGUGGUGAAUAUCCUAAGGGUACCAAAUUUGAAUGGUGGGGUUUUUCAUCGUGCACAGCAUCAUUAGAUAUUCUGGAGUCUGAUCUAUACUUAGGCAAAGUCGAUCCAAUGUGUCGUCUUACAUUUGCACCAAUGUCAUCAUAUCCAACUGACUAUUAUCCUCCUGACUCGAUUGCCAUUGGAUAUUUAAACAACGACACUCAGCUGGAUGUUGCCGUCGCCCUUCAUCGGGGUAACAGUACGGGUGUUUUUCUUGGAAAUGGAAAUGGAACACUUGCAGCGCAAACGAAGUUUCUAGCCGGCAGUAAUCCAUGGAGGGUCACCGUGGUGGAUUUCAACAACGACAAUCAAUUGGAUAUCGCUGUCGCCAAUGGUGCCGAAAACAAUGUGGGUGUUCUUCUUGGGUAUGGUAAUGGGUCAUUUGCAGCACAAACAAUGCUUUCGACUGGCAAGGAUCCAUGGGCGAUUGCUGUCGGAGAUUUCAACAACGACUAUCAAGUGGAUAUCGCUGUCGUUAAUCAUGCCAGUAACAAUAUGGGUAUCUUUUUGGGAUAUGGCAAUGGAAGUUUUACAGAUCAAACAACGUUUCCAACUGGCACUAAUCCAUACUCGGUCGCCGUCGGCGAUUUCAACAACGACAAUCGACAGGAUGUCGCUGUCGUGAAUUAUGGCAGUAACAAUAUUGGUGUCUUUCUUGGGUAUGGUGGUGGAAAUUUUGCUGCUCAAACAACGUUUCCAACUGGCACUAAUCCGAACUGGAUUGCCGUCGGUGAUUUGAACUAUGACAGUCAACUGGAUAUCGUUGUCACCAACGGACCCGAUAACACUAUGAGCGUCCUUUUUGGGUAUGGUAAUGGAACUUUCGCAGCUCAGAAAACGUUUUCAACCGGCAAGAAUCCGCAGUCGGUCACCAUCAGUGAUUUGAACAACGAUAAUCGAUUAGAUAUCAUUGUCGUGAAUUAUGGCAGUGCUACUGUAAGUAUCUUUCUUGGGCAUGGUAAUGGAAGUUUUGCAGCUGAAAUGACAUUUUCAACUGGCAAUAAUCCGAACACGAUCGCAGUCGGUGAUUUGAACAACGACAAACUACUAGAUAUCGCUGUCGCCAAUCAUGGCGAUAACACUGUGGGUAUUCUUUUGAGCACUUGUCAUUGUUGUACUCCUUAA